GAGGAGGGAAGUAAUCAGUCCUGCAGAGACGACGCCGACACACGAGGGGUGUCACAACCUGAGGCCAUCAAACACAUUUUGUUUGGACCAUGAGGAACAUGUACAUCCAAGUGACUAUGUGUAUCAGAGCACAGGGCACCCGUGGGUCCAGAAAUCUGCUUUGUGGUGUUGUACCACAACGAGCUCUUUGUAUGACUGCAGCAGGGACGGCGGUGGAUGGAAAAAUAGGAGCUGAGCGUACAGGGGUUAGAAAGAGGGGUGUGGAUGGACGGGUGAGGAGGUUUGAUGAGAUCCCUCACACAGGGAGGAAUGGCUGGGUCAACUUGGUGAAGUUCUGGAGAGAAGAUCGUUUUCGGCAGCUCCACAAACACAUGGAGAGGACCUUCAACACCCUCGGCCCCAUCUACAGGGAGCAUUUGGGCACCCAAAGCAGUGUGAACAUCAUGUUGCCGUGUGACAUCAGUGAGCUGUUUCGUUCAGAGGGCCUGCACCCCCGACGGAUGACCCUGCAGCCUUGGGCAACACACAGAGAGACACGUCAGCACAGCAAGGGGGUCUUCCUCAAGAACGGUGAUGAAUGGCGUGCUGACCGUCUACUUCUUAACAAGGAGGUGAUGAUGAGUUCGGCCGUAAAGCGCUUUCUCCCCCUGCUUGAUGACGUGGCGAGGGAUUUCUGUCGUAUGCUGCGGGUGAGAGUGGAGAGGGAGGGAAGAGGCGAGGAAGGGAAACGCACUCUGACCAUGGAUCCCAGCCCUGACCUCUUUCGCUUUGCACUGGAAGCCAGCUGCCAUGUGAUCUAUGGGGAGCGCAUUGGCCUUUUCUCCUCAUCUCCCUCUCUGGAGUCCCAGAAGUUCAUUUGGGCUGUGGAGCGAAUGUUGGCAACCACCCCUCCUCUCCUCUACCUGCCCCCUCGCCUGCUGCUCCGCAUCGGCGCUCCCCUGUGGACCCAGCACGCCAGUGCAUGGGACCACAUCUUCAGCCAUGCGGAGGCAAGGAUCCAGAGGGGGUACCAGCGACUGUCAUCCUCCCAGGGUCGAAAGUCUCAGGUUGGAGCAGCUGGAGACCACUACACCGGUGUCCUGAGCCAACUCAUGGAGAAAGGGCAGCUAUCUUUGGACCUCAUCAAAGCCAACAUCACUGAACUGAUGGCUGGAGGGGUCGACACGACAGCAGUGCCCCUGCAGUUUGCUCUGUUUGAGCUCGGUCGUAACCCUGAGUUGCAGGAGAGGGUGAGGCAGCAGGUGAGAGCAUCAUGGGCUCAGGCUGGCGGAGACCCUCAGAAAGCCCUACAGGGGGCGCCACUACUGAAAGGCACAAUCAAGGAGAUUCUCAGGUUAUAUCCGGUGGGGACCACAGUGCAGCGGUAUCCCAUCAAAGAUAUUGUUCUUCAGAAUUACCACAUACCUGCUGGGACGAUGGUCCAGGCCUGUCUUUACCCUAUGGGAAGGAGUGCAGAGGUGUUCGAGGAGCCACAGCGCUUUGACCCUGGCCGAUGGGGCAAAGAAGAAAGCCAAAAAGGAGAGGGGACAGGGUUUCGUUACCUGGCGUUUGGGUUCGGGGCGAGGCAGUGUGUCGGGAGGAGGAUCGCUGAGAACGAGAUGCAGCUCUUGCUCAUGCACAUCCUGCUGAGCUUCUGUCUCAGCGUGUCAUCCUCAGAGGACAUCAAAACCACGUUAACCCUCAUCCUCCAGCCUGAGACUCCACCGAGGAUCACUUUCAGGAAGCUCUGACACACACACAGCAGAGGGUCGUGCAACAUUUGACAUAUUUAAUCACACAAUUCACAGCCUUUUAUUUUAUGCAUCCUCAGACACUUUGUAUUUAGGCCAAGACUCCAUAAAGCUGAUGAAUAAAGUCUCAUUUCCUCCACCUGUUGUCUUCAUU